AUGGCUCAAUGCUCAGUGGCUGCUCCGUGCCUUGUCCCUGUUCCACUUUUCCUCGUCCAUCCGGGCAGCUGCCAGUUGUUCACCUCACCUCAAUCUAUCAGGUCAUCCCAUCCAGAGGCAAGUUCCAAGCAGGUACGUACGACAGAGAAGUACUUUCUACUUUCCUUUGCCAGCGAUACGAUCCGAUGCGAUUGUGAACCACGCCCGUGUGCUGCCGCUGCUCGUAUCUCGUUGUACCCAGAUAGGUUAUUAGCCAGAAAGACAGCUUCCUUACUAUGUACGCGUUGGGCACACCGAGUUUGUCGGUCAGAUCUGACAGCUCGCUCGCCUCGGACCCUUCGGCCAUGCGCUCCUGCCGUGUGUCGUGUCGCUCGCUGCUGCGCUUUGCCUGAAGUUGAUGACUGA